CCUGGACCUCGGGAUCGAAGCCAUCUGGAUCGGACUGCUGCCAUACUUGAUGCCGAUUCGAUGCUGACGCCGGCUGGUCAGGGGCGUUCGGGCUAUAAAGGCAAUAGCACCUGGCGCGGAGCUCGUGGAGGUGCAUCGCGUGGCCGUCAAACCGGCGCUGUUGGUCUCAAUGGGAGGUCAUCAGUCACUUUGGCCGAACUCGGCGCUGCCGAGGCGGCUGAUGCGACUGUAGUCAUUACAAACCGGCGCAGCUCCGCCGGCUCCAGGGCCCAGAUUAGCGGCGAAUGUGGCGAUACAACUGCCGGUACCACGCCUUUGAACAGCUUACCUCAGGGAGACUCAUCCCGGCUCGAGACGCAAGCCAAUCGAACUCAUCAGAGACAGCGUCGAAGGCAAACAUCAGGCCGAUCAAUUAGUGUCGGACAAUCACCUGGUGACGAUGGCCAAGGUGCAAGCGCUCAAGGCCACAGUGAUUGUCGUCAGUCUCGAGUGGUCCCUAUGGAGGCCGCGACGUCAUCAGAGUGUUCAGGACAUGGUCAGAUUAUUGCAGGAAACUCACCGGCAUCCUCUGCCCCGAUGUCAGCAGAGUCCACAAUCUCUUUGGAGGUACCUCUUCAGUCUGCAAACACAUCAUCCCUCGUGAUGCCUGCUCGGCCCAAGUCUAAGACGGGCCGGCAAACUGGCGGCGGUGGCAGCAGGAAGAAUGGUGGUAGUCGUGACUCAUCCGCUAUAGACGGGACUGUCGCACCGACCCUUGCCACUAUUGGUGCCACUUCGACUGCGGACACCACCGUCUCACCCUGUUGA